CAGGAAAAAAAGAAACCACUCGUGCGCGCGCUGCGCAAAUCGUGUUUCCACCAGCCGUCUUCGAGACAGCUGCAAGACGUGAAAGACUAGUGCCACAUAACCACGAAAUUUGCGUCUCUGUUUUGCCUGGUCUCCCGUAUUCUCGUGCUACAAGCGUCAACUACUUUCACUUAUCUCGUCGUUGGUGUGCGUGAAGACUUCGCCGAUUGCGGCUGCCAUCAGAAUGCGGGUCUCCAGAAGAAGCGGAUGGGAGGACUUUUACCGCGAACUCACGGUGUACCUGUUGACACCGACGUUGACGUACUUGGCGCUGCGUCUGGUGCCGGCGCUGUGGACUCCGCUGGUGUACGCUUCAUGCGCCGUCGGACUGCCCGUAGUGUGCGUUUUCACGCUCGGCUACUUCCUCUACAGUCUGCUGCCGGACUCCGGCGUGUCGGCCACGGGAAAGGCCGUGCUCAUCACAGGCUGCGACUCCGGCUUCGGCCACCGGCUCGCAUUGCGUCUCGACAGGCUGGGAUUUCAGGUGUUCGCGGGAUGCCUCUUCCCACAUGGCGACGGUGCCAAGAAUCUCCACAUGAAGGCGUCGAGCAAGCUUCACGUCGUACCGCUGAACGUGACUAAGGACGAAGACUUCCGCCAAGCCGUGGAUUACGUUCGCCAAAACCUCGAUGGGAACGGUCUCUGGGCGGUAGUCGCCAACGCCGGUGUGUUCGGUGCCAUGGAGCUCGAAUGGUGGAGCAUCACUGAGAUGAAGCAGCACUUCGACAUCAAUGUGUUUGGUUGCGUGCGCACCGUGCAAGCCUUCCUGCCGCUGCUGCGCCAGUCUAAAGGGCGCAUUGUACUUACGGCGAGUUACGCUGGACGAGCGACGGCCUCUUGGAACAACGUGUACAGUAUGACCAAGCAUGCUGUGAUUUCCUUGGGCGAUGGAUUGCGACGAGAACUGAUGAAAUGGGGCAUCUCGGUCGUCCUGGUGGAGCCUACCUACUACAAAACCGCUAUUCUUCCGAAGCCGGAGGCAAUCGUCAAGAAAUACAAGGAGAGCAAUCUGCCCAAGGAGGUGAAGGACGCGUACGGCGACGACUACGUUUCCGAGAUGGCCGACAUCUCGGUCAACACGAUGGCGUUCUUCGCGCGCGACAACGUCGACGAAGUCGUGGACACCCUCGAGAAGGCGGUGUGCGCCCGACACCCGAGGCAGAUGUACCGAUGCGACGGAUUCGUCCGUUGGCUCCUCGUCGUCAUAUUCCUGUGCUUCCCUCUGGUCUUUCAGGAUCUCCUGGACUACCUCUUCUUGCAUCACCACGUGGUCGGCCCGGACGGGAAGUUGGUCAUGAAACCCUCCAUGCUCGAGAGGAUCACGAAUAAGGUUAAGUCGAUUCUGGCGCCGCAGAAGCUCAAGAAAUAAGCGUGUACUCUUUAGAGAAAUUGCGAGGAAGGGUGCCCGACGCAGAUGUUCGCGAUGACAAAUAUCGAAGCGACAAGUCCACAUUGUAAUCUGCGACUAUCGUUCUGUCGUCGCGAUGGGUCUUGGUCGCAGAAGGGUCUGACCCUGGCUCGAACUUCACGGCCCUGAGGAGAGGACUGUGUGAGACACCUGAAUGUACAACACGUGCAGUGUGCAUUGCGCGCGUCGAAGGAACUGCAGUCGUGUCGUAUACGGGAAAGCGCUUGGAACAAGCCACGAUGACGCUGGACAAGCAAGAUGUGUGUAGAAUAACAUCGUCGCGGGUUGUUUCAUCAUUAUAAGUUAUAACUGCAACUGCCGUGCUAAGAUGCAAAGACGGACGAGAACAAAAAAUGCUGACAAGAUGUGACAGGGCGCAGCCCUUGUAUCUCAGGCAGGGAUCCGUUUGAAAGGUUUCCGUAUGCAAUGCUAUAAUUGCGUUUUUCCAGUGUUUCCUCAACAUCCGUACGAAGUUCAUGAGCAUCGGAAGGGGAUUACGCACGAUUCUCGUGAAAUCUCUAAGAAAGAGCAUACAAAAAUACAGGGACGUAUUCUGCACACCUUCGUAAUAUAAUGCUGCAACCGCUAUGAAUUUCAUGAAUGAUAGCGUUGACGUAUUUUGUGGGAGGAGGGGAGGUGAUUGUACAAAACAUUUAUGUAAAUAGAGAAGAGAACGAGUCUUUAAAGCAAACCAGCUUUGUCGGUAGGUUCGUUGUACAGAGCGAGCCUAGCAAGGAAAGGUAGGGAAGUUAAACAGACACGUGCUCCGUUGGCUACGCUACACGCGGGGAGGGGAAAUGGGGAAUGAUAUAUAACAUGGAGAAGAAAGAGGAAGAGUGGAAAACUGGCGUGUUCUCCGUGUUCUGCUUGUUCACACUCUCGUUUUACACACCCUUCUGUAGCAACCACGUGGUUUACCUGCCUUGUCAAAUCGGGAGCUGGCCAGCACUGCCUCCAAAUGGUCAGACGUAUCCGUAUAAGGCACUCGAAAUUCCUUUAAAGAAAGCUUUCUGGCCUUUAUUCGUUGUCACUACUCUUCUGGACCAAGCGAUAUAUCGCCAGACUCUGAUUUCUACAGUCAUUUGCUUGCUGGCCUUUCAACCUGUUCUUGCUCUGGAUUUGGCUAUUUUUUUUUUUGUCUUUGCAUUUUGGUGCUGUUCUACAGGAAAACUUGCGUCUUCCUUUCUCCUCGGUGGUCUCGCACUUCGCAGCUGCUACUGUGCCCUGGACAAUGAAACAGACAGGACUGGUUGACCACGGACGUGCAGUUUUGUUGUGCAAGUGUGCUAUUAACUACGUAUCUUCGAGGACGCCAGCGCGCCCAUUAUUAAAGACGAUAGUCU